CAGACUACAAUAAUUUACAAAUCGACGCCUACUAACAACAAAAGCUCGGAAAAAAAAAAAAAGAAAAAUUAGAAACUAACUACGGUUAAAAUCCUAACUGAUAUAGAAGUAACCAUGGUUCAUUCAUCUGCUCCAAUCAAAACCUUUCCUUAUAAAAACCCCACCCUCACGAACGCCACAAAUAUAUUACGGCAAAAGAGCAAGGGAACCAAAUAGUUAGUGCAGGAAAGUGGAAAAGCUUUCUCAAGAAAGUGGCAAUAUAAAAAAGGUGAUACCUUCACUGGAAAAAUGGUGUUUUACGUCGAUGAAGAAGAGGUCUGGAAAUGUUCAAAGCAUCCUUCCAAACGAGGCCGUAGUGGAGUCUGUCCGGUUUGCCUCCGAGACAAACUAGCUUCUCUUUGCCCCAACUGUGCCCACGCGCGUCCUUGCGCGUGUAGCGCUACCUCAUCUUCCUCCUCAUUCUCCUUCUUUAGCUUCUCAAAUGCGGUUGCUGGGGACAACUCAGGUGUCGGCGCUCUCGGUCGAGUUUCCAAUCUCAUCGAAAGCGAGCCGGCCUUCCGACGAUCCAGAUCCCUCGCGAUUCCUUUUCUCCAAUCGAAACCGGAGAGUUUAAGCGAAAGGAAUGGAUUUUUGGCGAGUAAUAAGAGCAAGACGCCGUCUUUUUGGUCGAUGUUUAGAGCUAGUAAUAGGAGUAAGGGAUACGAGAGUGAAGAUCAUCAAAGAGAAAUUGAGAAAGAGAGAAUAGCGGCGGAUGAUGAACGGAGGAUGAUGAUGAAGAAGUCAAUGUCUGUGGCAAUGACAUCACAUUCCAGCAACGGAGAUUUGAAAUCAUCCCCGUCUAGUAGAGGGAAGGGCUGGUAUUUCCCGAGUCCGAUGAAGGUUUUCAGGCCAACUAGGAUUUCCAAAUUGGCUUUCCAAGAAAACUCUCCUUUGUACAGAGGUUGAUAUCUUUUAACUCUUUUUUUUUUUUGUUUUUUUUUUUCUGUCUUUAUCAUUUGUAUAGUAAAUAAGUAAAUGUCAAAAAUUAACAAUAGGAAGGAACAAAAUAUGACUAUAUUUUAAAACUUUUUGUAACUAAUGCUAAAGGUCAGAC